GGCGAGAAAGCUAUGUUAAGGUUGUUCCAGAGAAUGUUGGUGUUGAGGAACUUCCAAUGGCGGAGGACAAAUCUAUGGAGGGAGAGAGAGACAGAAACAGAUUUCUCAACACAGAAACCAUAAUCAGAAGAAGAAGAAAGAAGGAGAGGAUCGGAAGGAGAAAAGCCGGAAAAAAAAAAUCGGCGGCAGGAUUUUUUGACAUUUUCCGGUUUCAUUCGCUGGCCGCGAGAUUGAGUCGAGAACACGGAAACAAGAAAUUGGACAUGAAGCUUUGAUUUGGCCGCCGAUUCUGAGACUGGAAAAAGCGAAGAACAAAUCUGUCAGUUUCACUCUCCGACGAAAAUAAAAACGCCAAUGUCUUCUCAGAAUCAUGAACGAAAAAGGAUCUAUCAAGUCUGGCCCGGCAAAAAUAAAUUUAUCUGCGGGGGAAGAAUAGUGUUUGGUCCAGACGCAUCUUCGCUUCUUUUGACGACAUGUAUGAUAGGAGCGCCAGCUAUCACUUUCUGCAUCAGGAUCGCUUGUUUAAUCACAGAUCGCCACCCUUUAUUCCAUUCUCUGGUUUUGUUUGGUGCAAUUCUUCUCACAAUCUUGGAUUUCACAUUUCUCUACUUGACAUCCACGAGAGAUCCCGGGAUUAUCCCAAGGAACAAAGAAGCUCCUGUCUCAGAAACCCCUGAGGUUGUCACCCAAUCCUUGGAAUGGGUGAGUGACAAAGUCGGAAAUGCGAAACUUCCUCGUACAAGAGAUGUAACGGUGAAUGGCUUCACCGUCAAGGUUAAGUUCUGCGAUACCUGUAAGCUAUACCGUCCUCCUCGCGCCUCUCACUGCUCAAUCUGCAACAACUGUGUCCAAAGGUUUGAUCAUCACUGUCCAUGGGUAGGCCAGUGCAUCGCCUUGCGUAACUAUCCGUUCUUCGUCUGUUUCUUAUCAUGUUCUACACUCCUCUGCCUCUACGUCUUUGCCUUCUCGUUGAUCAGCAUGCUUGAAGUCCAUGGCGAGUUCUAUCUCGUCCUCGCUGAUGACGUGAUAUUAGGUGUUCUUGCUCUCUACUGCUUUGUUUCCGUCUGGUUUGUUGGUGGACUUACUGUCUUCCACUUCUACCUGAUCUGCACCAACCAGGCAAACGACCUUGAGAAGCCUGAUCAUGAUAACCUCGAUUUGCGACUUCAGGAGCUGGAUUACGGCAACAACAGUGACGCCACUGCCAAGAAGAUAAGUGUAGAUGAAGCCAUGAAGGCGCUGCAACGAUUGGCUCUGUUUACCAGCGAUUUCAUGGAGAAACUCGAGCGUGGAUAUGAGAUCAAUAUAGGGCAAAGACCAGACAAAACAGCUAUGGCCUGGAAUGAGACAAAACUCAAGAGGCUCUAUCAAGUCUGGAGGGGAAGCAAUAAAUUUCUAUGUGGCGGGAGGUUAAUCUUUGGUCCAGAUGCAUCAUCUCUAUAUCUAUCAACCAUCUUGAUAUUUGGUCCCGCAGUGAUGUUCUUUGUAAAAAUGUAUAUGAAAAUGGCUGAUCCUCGUACCAAGAAUCCAAUUCACUGUAUACCAAUUCUCUGUGUGUCUUGGAUACUCACCCUUUUGGACAUAUUCUUCCUCUUCAUGACAUCUGGUAGAGAUCCGGGGAUUGUGCCAAGAAGCCUAAGGCCGCCGGAAUCAGAUGACGCACCUGAUUCAACCACUCCAUCGAUGGAAUGGGUUAGUGGUAGAACCCCAAAUAUAAGGUUACCAAGGGUCAAAGAUGUAACCGUUAAUGGCCAUACCGUGAAAGUUAAGUUCUGUGACACUUGUUUGCUUUACCGUCCACCUCGAGCUUCUCAUUGCUCCAUCUGCAACAACUGUGUCCAGAGAUUCGACCAUCACUGCCCCUGGGUUGGCCAGUGCAUUGGACUGACCACUUAUGAGAAUUUCCGUUACCGAUAUGAUAAGAAGGAGAAUCCAUACAACAAAGGAGUUUUGGGGAACAUAUGGGAAAUAUUCCUGUCUAAGAUUCCUCCAUCAAUGAACAAGUUCAGAUCAUUUGUGAAGGAAGAAGAUUAUAUGAUGGUCGAAACUCCUACUUCUAAUUUUGGUGAAAGCCUAGUUAGCUCGAAAGAGAAGAUCGAUAUCGAAAUGGGAGGAGGAAGGAUUGUUGACGAGAGUGGAAAAAGUUACUCACUCCCUGAGAUUCUCCGGAAUCUAAACUAUGAAGACCUUGAGGAUGAUUGCGAGGAAGAUGACUUGAAGGCUAAGGAUCAUCAUCACCACACUCAUCAUCAACAUCAUAAUGAGGGAAUCAUUUCUCCUUUUGACCCUUUUCUUACCAAUGAGGACAGUUGUUACAAGGAUGGGAGAAAGGGAGAAGAAUCAGGAGGAUCUUCAAGUGAUGAUGAUAAUGAAGAUCACGGAGAUGCAGGGAAACGCGUUCGAGUCUCCAUUGAUGAUCAAGAAAAAGUUGAAGGGUAUGAACGAAAUUGGAAUACCGAUAAAGGUAUGAAUAUAAACGCAGGAUCUGAAGAUGGAACAAGCUCUCCUCAAUCUACUUCACCAAUGCUUCGUAAAUAG